CACAGGAAGCACCUCGGCUGGUAUUGCCAUCACUGACGUUGACUACAGAUAUUACUAGAUACAAAAUAAAUAAUCUUCCAAUAUAAAUUCUGUUCUGAGAUGCACAGCAGAUGCAAAUCAGGACUUCAUUAGGGUUUGUUUGAGCUGAUAAUAUCCAACCAUGCCUUAUUUCAACUUCACUCAAGAGAUAGGCAAACCUGACUUGUUACCGAGGAAAUUCUGGGGAUUGAAUCUGAAGCUAGUUUUUUUCUAAGCACAUCAGCAGCAGAAGGAUCGCGCUCAUCAAGAGUCGCUGACAUCACAGGUGAGAGUUCUUCUUCAGAAUCUUUCAAAUCAAAUUAUGCAAAGCUUCCUGAUUACCUUAAGUCAUGCCUAGACUACUCUGCCAUUGUUUGUUGGAGAUCUUAUCGUGUAGAGAUAGGAAAACUAGUUCGGCUUUUGUUGGCUGAAGGUCUUAUAGAAGACAGACCAGGGGAUAUCAUGGAGGAUGUAGCAGAAAAUGUUCUCAAGGAAUUGAUUGACCUAGGAAUGCUUCAAGUUCAACAAGUACAACAAGAGACUGAAGUAAAAGUCCCUGCCUCGUAUGUCCAGUUAUGUAUUCUUAAAUUGGAGAAACAAGAUUUUGUUUCUAAAACUGCAAACUCACCUGUGCGUUUACGGAUCAGAGAUGAUGGAAGGGAUAUCUAUCCUAACGUUGAAGGCCUUCUAAUUCAAUCUCUAUUUAUUAUUAGUGAACGCCGUGAUUCUUCUUUUGGUGCUCCCCGAGGCCUUUCACGGGCCUAUAUGAGAAAUGUUUGUGGUAUGCACUUUCUGUUGGUGCUGGAUUUGCGUGGCUUGAUAGAGUGCUUACCUGAUGAAUUGGGAGACUUGAUUCACCUGAGGUACUUGGGCUUGUUUAACUCAAAUCUAGAUGAGCUUCCAGGGACUUUAGGGAAUCUUAAAAGACUGCAAACUUUGGAUAUAAGGAUGUGUCGACAUCUACGCAAACUACCAAUAGAAAUUCUGCAUAUCCAACAGUUGAGACACCUUCUAAUGUCCGACAGCAUUAAUGAUUGUGAAAUUAGAGUUCCGAAGGGCGUUGGAACAUUGGUAAGUCUUCACACUUUGUCUGGUAUUUAUGGUGGAGAUGAUAUUGCCAUAGAAUUGAUUGCCUUAACCCAGCUACGAGAGCUCGGCGUUAAGCGUGUGACUGACGAUCAUGCCAGUGAGCUGUUUGCAGCUAUAAAGAAGAUGGAAAACCUCACAUCCCUAUCGCUAGAAGCAGAGCGCAACUACUUUGAAGAUACAAGUUUCUCUAUUUUUGCUGAAUUGGAUGCGUUUUCUCCCCCGCCACUUCUUCAAGAGUUUUUCUUACUUGGGGGAUUAAUUGAGAUGCCCGUUUGGUUUGCCUCCAUGGAAAACCUCACCCGCCUAUCAUUAUUCUAUUCUUAUCUGUCGGAGAAUCCAACUUCAGUCCUUCAGUUGCUUCCCAAAUUGAAGCAUCUUCAACUCUGGGAAGCCUACAAGGCAAGGCACAUUGGUAAAGAAUUUUGCAAUGCAGGUGGUUUCCCUGUGCUGGAAACUCUCACAAUUGCUUCUGAGUUCCUGGCGGAAUGGACUGAAAUUGAAACGGGAGCUUUUCCACGUUUAAGAUAUCUUUGUUUUCGUCGCUGUAGAAACUUGAUUUUUCUUCCUGAAGGGUUGCAGAACAUUUCCACACUUCAAGAUCUGUGUUUCUUCCCCUGGAAUCCAGACCUUAAAAGGCGAUUGAUGGGUGAAGAGAAUUACAAGAUCAAGCAUGUCCCAAAUAUUCGGGGGUUUGAGAACCGUUGAUUUUCCAACCAAGAAAUGGAAAAACAUUAACCACAAUAGUUUCCAUAGGAAGUUUUUCAAGGAUGAAAUGCUUUUGCUUUACUCCUCAAAUAUCAUCUCCUGCUUUCUGUUCAUUUACCUCAAUAUUCUGGUGAAGUAUGCUAUCCUCUGGACCUCUACUGUCUUGUAUACCUAAAUUUGUGCAAUCUCCAGCGGAGAAACCAGUGUACUAGACUUCAAAAAAUCUAUCUUAAUGAUGAACGAUGUGUUUAUCUA